AUGUCGGAAGUCGGCGUCACAGAAUCGGAGAAACAACGCGUCAUCAAAUUCCUGUCGCUCAUGCCCUGGGAAUUCCACCAUAUCGUUGACCGCCUCCUCAACGGCGCGACCCAAUUUACACUGAUGGAAGUCAAGACCCAGCUGGAGUCAGAGUCGAAGGCCGCUACCAAAAUCGGCGCCAAAAAAUCCCCCAACCGAAAAGCAAACUAA